AUGUCUCUGGCAACCGACGGCGCGGCCACGCUGUCCUUGGUUUCCAUUCACGCCUUCCCUCUACCGAAGGGGAGUGAGCUGUUGACGCGCAGCAAGGACAACUGCCAUGCCGCCUUUUGGUCUUUUCUUGCGGGUGCCUUAACAGGCGGCAUUGAGGCGGUCGUCACGUACCCCAUCGAGUACGUGAAGACGCAUCUGCAGCUUCAGAAACUCUUUCAUUUGCCCACCGCGUCGCCGUCGCCGCACGUAUACAAUGGCGUCUGGGACUGUGUGAGGAAGACUGUGCAGCAGCACAGCCCGCUUGGCCUGUAUCGGGGCUUCUUGCCCGUGCUCUUGGGCUCCAUCCCGAAGCAGGCCUCCCGCUGGGGCGCGUACGAGUGGGCCACGGACACCGCCAAGACCCUCGCAAGCACCGGCGGCGUACGCGGCGAGGAGCCACAGGCGCUCAGUCUUCCUGUCGUGAGCGCCUGCGGCUUCUUCGCGGGGUGCGUGGAGGCGGUGUGCGCCGUGGGCCCCGCCGAGUGCGUGAAGACGCGCAUGAUCCACGACUCCAAACAACCGUUUCCGCGCUACCUGCCUCUUGGCACCUGCCGCGCCGUGCGCCUGAUGGUGCAGGAGCGCGGUAUCGGUCACACGUUUUACAGCGGCGUGAGCGCGACGAUGCUGAAGCAGGGGAUGAACCAGGCCCUGCGCUUCCCCGCACAAAAGUUUGUCAUGGAUGCCUUCUGCAGCGAGGCCUGCAUUGCCGCGCCGCACCACGGCGAAAGCGGCUGGGGCGUAGCGCGGAUGACGCAGCUGCAAGAGGCACGGCGAAGGAAUCCGCUGUGGAAUGGGCUCGCCGGCUUUGUUGCUGGCGUGGCUUCCGUCGUGAUCACGCAACCCGUGGACGUCGUCAAGACACACAUGCAGUCCGGCGUGGCACAUAACGCCGCCGUCAACAACACCAGCAGCAGCGGCGGCGGCGGCUUCAGAACUGCACUGGGGGGCGCAGCUGCGACGGUGACCCCGACCGGGCACGCGUCGCCGCAGAGAAUGGGCUUUGGGCGCUGCUUCCGCGACAUUUAUCGCCGGCGGGGGAUUGCCGGCUUCUAUACGGGCACCAUCGCACGGAGUGUGCACGUGGGCACUCAUGUGGCUCUCACCUUUACCGUAUUUCCUGUCGUCCGGCGCGCCGCUCUCGGUAGUGCUGGCCAUAAGAAAGAAUAG